AUGACACAAGAGUUUGAGGCAUUGCAUGUCAACAUCACCUGGGAGCUAGUACCAUUACCAGUUGAGAAACAAGUCAUAGGGUGUAAGUGGGUGUAUAAAGUGAAGCAUAAGGCAGAUGGCAGUAUAGUAAGGUUCAAGGCCAAGUUAGUGGUCAAGGGGUAUACCCAACAAACUGAAAUUGAUUAUACAGAAACAUUCAGUCCUAUGGUGAAAAUUACAACAGUAAGAGCUCUCAUAGCUGCAGCAGUCAAGAAAGGCUGGGAUAUAUUCCAGUUAGAUAUGAAUAAUGCCUUUUGUCAUGGGGACCUCCAUGAAGAGGUGUAUAUAGAAGUACCACAAGGUUUGGUAGUAGACAGUGGACAUAUGACAUGCAAACUCAAGAAGUCCCUGUAUGGCCUCAAACAGGCAAGCAGACAGUGGUAUGCAAAAAUGAUUGUAAUACUGACAGGAACAAACAAAGAGGAGAUAGAGGAACUGAAGGCAUUCCUACAUGAAAAUUUCAAGACUAAAGACUUGGGUAAAUUCCAUUAUUUUCUGGGGCCGGAAAUAUUCUAUAAAGCUGAUGGAGUUGUAAUUUCACAAAGAAAGUUUGUGCUUGAUUUGCUGAAAGAGUACAAUUGCAUGGAUUAUAGUAGCCUUGCCUCACCACUUGAUUCAAUAGUGAAGUUGAAAGCUAAAGAGGGUACUACAUUAACUGAUCCCACCUAUUAUAGAAAGCUGGUUGGAAAAUUAAAUUUUCUCACCAACACAAGGAUAGACAUAGCCUACAGUGUACAAUACCUUAGCCAACUCAUGCAAGAUCCAAGAGAACCCUACUUGAAAGCAGCCUUUCACCUGCUCAGAUACUUGAAGGGUGACCUCUCCAUGGGAAUAUUCAUGUCACAUGAUCCAAACUGUAAUAUUAGAGCCUAUUGUUAUUCUGAUUGGGCUGUUUGCCCAGACUCAAGGAAGUCAGUAAGUGAUUACUUAAUUCUAUUAGGGAACAGUCCUAUAUGCUGGAAAUCUAAGAAGCAAGAGACCAUUUCACUGUCAUCAGUAGAGGCAGAGUACCGGGCACUCAGAAAAGUAGUAGGGGAAGGCUGUGCGGAUUUCUUGAAGAGCUCACUGUGCCCUUUGGUAAACCAGUAG